AUGAGUAAGCCAGUGGUAACAGUAAAACAAGGUAGAUUGUUAGGUGCUAAAAAGAAAUUGUAUAAUGGCACUCCAUACUACAGUUUCAAAGGGAUCCCGUACGCGAAACCUCCCAUCGGCAAACUGAGGUUCAAGGCACCGCUUCCACCUGAGCCUUGGCAAGGUAUUUACGAAGCCACCGAGCAUGGGCCAGUAUGCCCCCAGGUAGAUAUGAACACGGGCCAAUAUGUGGAAGGCAGCGAGGACUGUUUAUUCCUGAACGUCUACACGAAAUCCUUGAGGGGUGACUCCAGAAUGCCCGUGAUGUUUUUCAUCCACGGCGGCGCUUACAUGUCGGGCUCCGGUGACGCGGACAUGUAUGGGCCGGAGUUCCUUAUCCGGCACGACGUGGUCCUAGUCACCAUCAACUACAGAUUGGAGCUUUUGGGCUUUCUGUGCUUGGACAUUCCCGAGGUGCCGGGCAAUUCCGGUAUGAAAGACCAGGUGGCGGCUCUACGCUGGGUGCAGAGCAAUAUUGACCGGUUCGGGGGGGACCCUGAGAACGUCACAAUAUUCGGAGAGAGCGCCGGUGCGGCUUCGGUCACCUUCCAUAUGCUCUCGCCGAUGUCGAAGGGCCUCUUCCACAAAGCGAUUGCCCAAAGCGGCGUAUGCACAUCCGACUGGGCCCAGGGCACGGAAGGCAAAGCGAGGGCCACCAGAGCUGCCAAGUUUCUGGGCUUCCAGAGUUCCGAUGGCGAGCAGCUCUUGGAGUUCCUCCAAACGGCACCAGUCGACAAGCUGGCCAAGCUGACGUUCAAGUCGAUGACGGCCGACGAGAAACACCGGGGGCUGCCGAUCCAUUUCGCGCCGGUAAUAGAAAGGAGCUUUCGGAACGUGGAAGCGUUUCUAACCGAAGCGCCAAUGGAUGCGUUGCUGGCCGGCAACGUCAACAAAGUGCCCCUGAUGUGCGGAUACAAUUCCGCCGAGGGUCUGAUAAUGGUGCAGCACCAAGUGAAGAAGCUCCACUUCAUGAACAGGAAUCCCUCGUUCUACGUGCCCAGAGAGAUCGCCCGGAAAGUCCCCGAAACGGUUUUGAUAGAACUCGGUCAGAGGGUUAAAAGGUUUUACGCGGGCGGGAGGGAUUUCCAUGACAAAGACUUGGAACUCCUAACGAAUUUGAUGUCUGAUAUUCAUUUUGGGUUCGGCUGCCAUAGAUUCUGCCAUUUCUACUCUUCGUUGAACAGGUCAAUCUACAUGUAUAGGUUCGACUGUGCUACCGAUCUGAACAGAUUUAAGGAGUUAAUCGGACACGCGGAUUACAAAGGAGCCAGCCAUGUCGACGAGCUGUUCUAUCUCUUCAGCAAUCCGUUGAACCGGGAUUGUUAUGAGAGGGAGGAUUUAAGGAUUCUUGUGGACAAAGUUACUAAACUGUGGACCAAUUUCGCCAAGACGGGUGAUCCGACACCAGAAAACUCGGCGAAAACAAAAUGGCGCCCGUACACGGCCAGCGGGAGGGAAUACUUGAGCAUAGACAAGACAUUGUCUAUGGGCACGCACGCGGAGAGGGAGCGAGUGGAGUUUUGGAACAGACUGUACAGGGAGGCGGGGUUACCCGCUAUUGCUUCGAGUAAAUUG